AGGAAAGGCCGUCGGGACUCGUGUUGGCGGUACACGCAAUUGGAGACCGCUGGCGGCGCCUUAAAUCCGAGGACAGCGGCAUUCUACUCGGUAAUGGAGGUCGACGACAGUGAAGUGGGAUCUGAGUGCACCUCCUCAGAAUCCUACGACGGGGAGCCGGCGGCUAUGAGGCGGCGCUUGGACAUAAAGGGCAGCUUCGCCACAACGGACCACCACAGGAGGGCUAACUUGCCUUCCGAUUAUAGAACAAGUGACUACACGGCCACGGUACCACCUGCCGAAGAAAACGACUCAGGGAGUGACGAAUCACUGCUAGAAGUUACACUGACGUCACAGCAGGAGUGUGAUACAGCUCCUAGCGUCGUGGACACCUCGCACGAUUGUUCAUUCAUGAGCGCGUCUUACGUCGAUUUAGUUGAAAUGGGUGUAGGACAAGAAGUGGUGGAACUGGAUAUUGCUACUUCAAGCACUGUAACUACACAAAUUACUUCAAGCGGAGGCAGUAGUAGAGGGGGAAUGCUGCCUUCAAUUCCACUCUGCAUCUCCGAAGGAGCUUCGCAAAUACGUCAGCAAGACGCCAACACAUUCACUUGUACUAGAGAUCAGUGGAAGAUUUACCGCGAGGCAGGACAUCACAGGAAAACUAACAGCGAAGACGGUGGUAAAGACUCCAGUGAAACCGAUCUGUCGUGUGCCAACAGCUCUUCUGGUGAUUCUAGCAGUGGUUUUUAUGGAGACGUUGACGAGGCAGACUACACAGGCUCUUUAGCAUCCUCAGCGGACCUCCUGGAAACCUAUGACAAUGUUAAGGAGACUUUUGAGAUGGAGAAGCAGAGAGAAGAGGACAUUGUAAACUUAAUUGGUUUCUGUCUUGAAAAGGUGUCAUCUAAGAUCGGUCACUUGCAAGAAAUCGCUUCAAAAGUAUUAAGCAAUUACCGUAUGCCUGAUGCUGAAGCGUUAAUUUCUGAAGCGGCUUUCGACACGGUUACUGGUAAAGGCAGCUCGUCUACCAAGAACAGCCUCACCAGUGCUGUCACUGAUAAACCAUCCAGCCAUCAUGCGUCCGUGGAAGAAGUAGAAAGUCCUGUGCAGAUAGGGUGUGGGAUGGGCGGUGAAAAUGACACUUCCUCAGAACAUGGUAGCAGUUGCGAGGAACGGUUCGUCGCUGUGAAAGCUUACGUACUCAUCACCCCCUGUAAUUACGUCCAGGAAAAUGGAAGUAAUAGUGACGAGGAGCAGCAGAGGAGGGUGCCUUGCGAGACUGCUACAAAAGGCGCAGCUGUUCCCGCUUCCACAAGGACGAGCGUAAGCACCAUUGAAGACGACAGAGCGAGCACAAGGGUGCAGCUUGGAACAUCUGAAGAAACAGCAUCGAACAGGAGCCAUGUCGACGGUGAAUGGACGGAUGAAAGCGAUCAGGAGGGUAACGCCAAAAAGCUGCAGAACGCUUGCAAGUUGGCUCGCACGUCGCGCAGAGUAGUAGCACGGCAGCACGGAAUAAUGUCUCAUAUCAGCGCUAUAGCCGAGCAGCGCCUUCGUAAAAUAAACGUCACCUGCCUGACUAUCAUGAACUGCGUGAAGGGUACAGCAAAUGUGGCGUGCACAGCUCUGGGAGCCAAGAGAGUUGCUCGGCUGUGUCUGCAGCAAGCGACGGCGAGGUCUGAUAACACGGUCUUCCAGGUCGCCGAAGCUGCCAGCUCCGCCUCGCGGUUCGCGAGGGAGGCCGUAGCGUUUGCGGAGAGGGCGGUGCAACUGCACCGGGAAGCCCUAGAGGCACUGACGGAGGCGAGGGCAUCGUUGGACGGGAUUCAGUUCGAGGAAGGUAGAGGUAGAGAUCUCUCCCGACAAGUCUCUGCCUUCGAAGACGAAAUGGACAAACUGAUGCAGCAGACGGCGAAUAUCAGUUUGGACGAACUGAAUGACAAGAAAUGUGUCGUGGCGUCGAGCAGGGGAACUAUGUCGUUCGCUUUGAUAGAAGUGAAGGAACAAAGUACCUCGAUAGAAAACCUGGCCCAUAGAUGCGACAGGGUUCUGUCUGAUGUUCUAAAGGUCUUGCAGAGGGGCACGAGUAGUUCCGUCAUGGCGAUAUCGGCAGCCUUGGAGGCCCUUCAAACUUUCGGAAGUGACAGUUAAGUAUGAUGAAAGUGUGCCCUGUGGUUUGCUAUGGCAGCAUUUCAACAUUAAUGAGCACAAAGGGGAGGCAAUUCUGUGACAUUUUGGUUAGGUGUUACAUAUGACAGAACGGCAUCAGCAGAAUCAAUAACACUUCACGAAUCACCUCUCGUAAAACGGCAGUCCUUAGUAAGACCAGGGAUAUCCUUAGUGGUAUGCCCACAUAUUGACUGCCCUCUCUCUUUUGCACUGGACAAAUUUUUGACCUGAACUAUAGAGUACUUAAAAAAAAUCUUCGCUGUGCUAACCAGCACCGAUUAUUCAUGCAGAGGUGUCUAUGAAUUUCUAAUUCAAUAUCACUAGAAGAUCUAAGUUCAACGCAAGACAAAUUGAGAGAGCAUCGAAAUGCAUGACAUACCCCAGCCAACGGACGCUGACGAUGCUAUUUAGACUGGGUUUCAAAUGGGCGCCCUAUGUCCAAACCGACGGGAAUAAGCUGUGUGCCGUCCCCGUACAGGGGAGGAUACACACGUCUUAAUAAAUAGCCUCAGUAUAUCUGUGGGAAGGCAAAUGGACGUAUAUUGUUCAGACACUUUACUGAUGGAUGAACGUACUAUUUGUGUGAUCAGAGUUCAUGUUGAAGUGUGUUGAUCGUGGAAAUGAUUGUGGAGAAGUAGACGUUCGCUGUAAGAUUAUUUUCAUAGUGAGUGUUACAAACCCUAGUGUGAGUUGAAUAUGUUGCUUAAAGCAGUAACAUAUUUCAAAUAAUAAUACAACUGGUGUGAUAGGAAACAUACUCCAGCUUGUAGAAGACAAUACCUGUGCCUAAUUCCCUGACAUCUGCGAGGUAAUGGGCCACGAUUUUAUUAAUUGCUGUUUUAUCAUUGGAAUAUUUUAACUUUUUAACAUUGUAAAAGUUGCGCCUCCUGAUACUUGCCCUGAAAUGAGAAGCGAUAGUAAAUUUUAGUAAUGACAUACAGUAAAUCAUUCAUGUAAUACAAAAGUUAUUACAAUACAUGUGUGUUUCAUUCUUGCAAAACGUGCUCCUCAUUUCCAACUACUGCAGUCAGCUUCAUGCACUUAUUUAUUAAUUAACAUUUAAUUUCGACUACAGCAAAAAAAUUGUUAUACGAAUGAGUGGUGUCCAUACUUUCGAAUGGAUGUGGGAAUCUUGGGUCCAGCACACAUUUUCACUCGGCGUCGCUGCCUCCACAUGAAGUUUCAAUGCAGCUGACAUCACGAAUUCCUUCCCUUCCCGCUACAUUCUCCCAUCUGUUUCCAAUUUACAUUGUAAAUUUGUUUCCUGAAGUUUCUGUGACAAUUGUAACAAAGCUAUCAGAGUACAAACACGUAAAACAUCCUAGCGAUUUAUUUAAGUCAUAGAUUUUUAUAACGUAACGAAGGCACUGUGUACUUCACAUUGCAAGAUGGCCUUCGGAGGUACACUGUCAAUGCUUUAGUGACUGUAGGAGCUGUACGCUAACCACGUAGAUAACAAAAGUCACACUUGUAGGAGGAGGAGAUUAGUGUUUA